AUGUUUGAAAAUAUAGAUUUUGAAAAUGAUUAUGCCCUUCUUGAAUCAAUUAAGCUUCAAUUACUUGAAGAUUGGGAAUGGGAAAAUCCUGUAACAAGCUCAGAUAAUUCAACCUCAACUUAUAGCCGAAACAAUAGUAUUGAGUCUAAUAAUUCCUUAUCGAAUGAUUUUGAUUAUUCAACUGACAAAUUUCUUUCCGAUUUUCUUAAUGAUAAUGACGUUGGAUAUGGAUCGGAUCCUGUAAUCCCAAAUGUGAAAUCGGAGCCUGAAAUUUGGAAUUUCGCGGAAUUUGCGGCGGCGACGCAGUAUACGGCGGCGGAGGUGAGAGUGGAACCACCACCACAACCUGUAGUGACAGCCCCGCCACAGACGCUGCCGACGGCGAGGCACUAUAGAGGUGUGAGACAGAGACCUUGGGGAAAAUUUGCGGCGGAAAUUAGGGAUCCGGCGAAAAAUGGGCAAAGAGUGUGGUUGGGUACGUAUGAGACGGCGGAGGACGCAGCGUUUGCUUAUGAUAAAGCGGCGUUUCGCAUGAGGGGUUCACGUGCAAUGCUGAAUUUCCCACUGAGGGUUAAUUCUGGUGAGCCGGAACCCAUUAGAGUCAGGUCGAAGAAGUCAUCAAUGUCGCCGGAAUGUUCUUCUUCGUCGUCAUCGGAUAAUGCGCCGGGGAAGAGGAGGAAGAAGGUCCCUCAAGUGGUAUAA